GGGGGCGCAUCCGCAUGUGUGCAGCCCUGGGUCCCUGUGUGUCUGCUGCACAGGGAGGGUCCCACAGGGCCCUGUGCACGUGCGCAUUAUUUGCUCACAAGGUUCUAGAGCCACGUCCUAGCAACAGGACAAACAGUGUGCGCUUGGCCUUCAGCAGAGUUGGUAGCUGAAGGACAGCGCUCAGAGCCCUGCUCUCUACCCCGAGAACUGACCUUGACCUUCCCUAAGUGCCCUAUGGGCGACUACCUGAGCACACCCUGCCCCUCAGCCCCUCCCCGAGCCCUGGGGGGCCGGCACCUGCCGCGAGGGCCCGGCCACCUCCAGGCCGCUCCCCGCCAUCGCCGACUGCCCCUGGCCGGCCCGGGUCACCCAGCUCUCCACCAGCUGCUGGCCGCUCGCAGGCCAGCCUACAGGUGUCCCGUGACUUUACAUCGACGCCUUGUAACAGUGCUUCACAGAAGAUGCUCCCUGCUCCCGCGGACCCUGCGCUCCUUUCUGGGCGUUCUCAUCUCCACCUGCAGUCGAGUCCGUCGGAGAAGGGCCGUGCUGCGCGCCCAGACCUCCACGCUGUCCUGCAGCUCAGCAUCUCCAGUGGGCACAGCCCCCGUCUGUGCAGCGCAGGAACAGCCCCGCACUCCUGUGCUGCCCACAACGCCCGGGUGUGCCCUGGGCUCGUGCGCGGAGGCGGUGUCAAGGGCCCCUGGUGAGAGCGGGGAAGGGUUGGCCAAGCAGGGGGAAGACCCGGCAGUCCCAGAGGGGGAAGAUCAGAGGAGCCCAGACGGCACUGGGGGUGAAGAACCCGAGAUGAGGCACCUGUGGGUCCAGAGAGGCCCCAUUUCUUUCAUUCCGAGGCCUGGGUCUCUGCAGAGGAACCUCCGUGCCAAGAACUCAGAAGACCGCUGCGUGCAGAAACCCCAGACCUCUUGCGUGAGCUCCUGCCCCCGUAGAAAUGUCAUCAGCAGCUCGUACAGCUCCUCCCGGGGUUCCCCUCCAGUGCGGAGGAAGAGGGGUCCCGCACACAGCGAGCUGCCCCCGAAAUCCUUGAAGAAAGGGAGGAAGGAGAGCCCCCGGCCUCCCGCUGCAGCUCUGGUGGUCUCACCGUGGACGAACUGGCCCGACAGGGAUGCAGACACAGUCAGAGGGCCGAGGGGAACCAAGGGGAACACAUCCGAUGGUCCCAGGCCCCGAAGACGCAGGUUUCCUCUGCUGCCACACAGGCGAGGGGAGCCCCUGAGGCUGCCCCCACCCCCUGAACUGGGUUUCCCAGUCACCGGGGAAGACCUCAACAUGGAGAAGAAAGCAGCGUUCCGGCAGAUCAAUAGCAUGUUACGGGGUGAGACCGAGGCGGGCUUGGCUCCCCCGCCCUCCCCGGACGCUGAGGUCACCUCCAUGGGGACCACUCCACCCUCUCAGCCUCUCCUCUCGGGGGCUCCCCAGACCACCAGUGGGAGCAUCUUGCCCCCUCUGCAGACCCCGCAGACGGCCCCCAUGGGUGCCCUGGCCUUUGACACCCCCGCUCAGGAGACUGGGGUCACUCCCAUAAAUAACACUGCACCCUCUCAGCCUCUGCUCUCGGGGGCUCCCCAGACCACCAGUGGGAGCAUCCUGCCCCCUCUGCAGGCCCCGCAGACGGCCCCCAGUGGUGGCCUGGCUGUCUUCACCCCUGCUUGUGACUCUGGGGUCACUCCUAUGGACAGCACUCCACCCUCUCAGCCUCUGCUCUUGGGGGCUCCCCAGACCACCAGUGGGAGUAUCCUGCCCCCUCUGCAGGCCCCGCAGACGGCCCCCAGUGGUGGCCUGGCUUUCUUCACCCCUGCUUGUGACUCUGGGGUCACUCCUAUGGACAGCACUCCACCCUCUCAGCCUCUGCUCUUGGGGGCUCCCCAGACCACCAGUGGGAGUAUCCUGCCCCCUCUGCAGGCCCCGCAGACGGCCCCCAGUGGUGGCCUGGCUUUCUUCACCCCUGCUUCCGACUCUGGGGUCACUCCUAUGGACAGCACUCCACCCUCUCAGCCUCUGCUCUCGGGGGCUCCCCAGACCAGCAGUGGGAGCAUCCUGCCCCCUCUGCAGGCCCCGCAGACGGCCCCGAGUGGUGCCCUGGCCUUCGUCACCCCCGCUCAGGGGACUGGGGUCACCCCCAUGAAUAGCACUGUAUCCUCCCAGCCUCUUCUCUCGGGGGCUCCCCAGACCACCAGUGGGAGUAUCCUGCCCCCUCUGCAGGCCCCGCAGACGGCCCCCAGUGGUGGCCUGGCUGUCUUCACCCCUGCUUGUGACUCUGGGGUCACUCCUAUGGACAGCACUCCACCCUCUCAGCCUCUGCUCUCGGGGGCUCCCCAGACCACCAGUGGGAGUAUCCUGCCCCCUCUGCAGGCCCCGCAGACGGCCCCGAGUGGUGCCCUGGCCUUCGUCACCCCCGCUCAGGGGACUGGGGUCACCCCCAUGAAUAGCACUGUACCCUCUCAGCCUCUGCUCUCAGGGGCUCCCCAGACCACCAGUGGGAACAUCCUGCCCCCGCUGCAGGCCCCGCAGACGGCCUCCCAUGAUGGCGUGGCCUUAAUCAUCCUCACCACCAGCCUGUCUGCACUGAGCUUCUGUGGGCCUAACCUAACUGUAACACUUCCUGCUAACCCUGGGACCUCUGCGCAGCCCAUCCUUGCGGUCCCUCAUGGGCAGCAGUGUGGAGCCACCACCGCCUGUGACAGCUCUUCCCAGUAUCGAAAGCAGGCAGCUCCAGCCCCAACCUCGGACUCACUCUCCGCUCCAGGUCUGCUAGCCUUCCGGCCCCCUCCAAAAGCGUCUUCUGACGGUUUGUCAUCCAGAAAUCCCACCAUGGGCACUCAUGCCAGCACCCAGCCAAUCUCUUCUGCCACCUCAACUGUCUUCCCCCAUGGCUCUGCAGCAGCUGCCUACAUGCCCAGCGUUGUUACCAGGGCUGGGCCCAACGCUUGGCGGCACUGCCCAAGAUCUGCCAGCUCGAGCCCAGUCCCCUGCAGGUUCGGGGUCUCAGCUACAUGUAAGGGCGGCAGGAGCCAAAUGGGUGAUCUUGAGCUGUGCCGCCUCUUUGCAGCUCUUAGCAUCACAGGAGAGGCGAAGCGGAGCCCGAGCACCACACGCUGCCGUGGGGGACGCAGGGGCCUGAACACCUGGGGCCCUGUUCACCAGAGCACCCCCAUGCUGGCCACGGGACCCAGCACCAAGCAGCAGCCUGGGUUUGGAGGCACUGCUGCCCCCAUCUUAAGUCCCACCCCCGGGGGUGCCCCCAGGCAGAGCCCCUCUGCUUCCAGCCGAGGGCCCGGCACCUCUCACAGUAAGGCUGGCAUGUCUGUCCUGGCCUGUGGCAGCAGCCCUGCCUGCGCAGCGGGCACAGGAAUGAGCAGCCACACUGUGAGGGCCCGCUCAUCACCUGUCCAGGGCGUGGCUGCACACAAGGCUGCUGGGCCGUCCAACAAGUCGUCUUCCUCCAGGCUGGGAUCCCCUCCCUUGGAAUCUAAGAGGCAGAUGAUGGCCUGAAUUGGUGACUUUGGGAGACACAGUCAGUGUCCCCUACCUCCCCGGCUGGACUUCAUGCAGGCAGGCCCCAUUUGGGGGUGAAACACAAGCCUGGCCCUAACUUCUGGAAUCCCGGAGCCCCCUGCCUGCGAUCUUGUCCCCAGAGGUGGUUGACCUGAGACUGUUACCUGAUCCCACUGAUCCCAAGUGGUCAGAGUCCUCAGGACAGUAGACAAAGGCCCUUGUCCUGUCCUCUCCGGCCCUAGAGCAAGGGGCACACCCCUGCUGCCUACAGCUGACUCCUCCUCUCCCCAUUUUCCUCCCAAAACCCUGGUGUUUUUUCAUAGCUUAUAAUAAAGUUUUGUUCUUGUUUGCAUUAAAAAAAGACCAGAACUUUUCUGAAUUUGGUAAAAACUAAGCCCUAAUGCUUUAAGGCAUUUACUCUACAUAAUAAGUUAAUUUCUAUUCUAUGUGUCUAAGAGCAAAGUACUGUCAUCGAGACAUUUUAAAAUACUCAUUAAUUUCACUUUCUUUUAGCUUUCUUCUCUCACAAAACCCUACCUAAGAAAGGCUACUAACCACUUAAAAAAAUUAAAUGUUAAUAAAGCAGUAGUGAAGGUAGAAUGAAAUGCUAAAAAUGCUCAAUCCCAAAAAAAGAACAAGUAAUUAAAUAGAUGAGAAAGACAGAAAAAUAUUAAAAUGGUAAAUUUAAACCUAACCAGAAUGGGUCAUUAUAUUAAAUGUAAAAUUUUCUAUGGAAUUAAAAAACAGAUUGAUUUGCAAAGUAAGACUCAGUUACAUACUGUUUAUGAGCCCUCCUUAACAAGGGUACAGAUAUGUUAAAACUGAAAGGAUGGAAGAAGAUGUACACGCUCACAAUAAAUAGGAAGGCUGGACUGGCUCUGUUAAUACCGGAAAACUAGGUUUCAGAGUGAGGAGCGAUGUCCCUGUGAUAAAGAGGGACAUCGUGAAAUGACAGAAGGGAAAAGAGUGAUCCAUCAGGAGGGCGUGACCUCAAGUGUGCCUGCCGCUGUGAGAACAGAACUUCAGAUGCUUGAGGCAGAAAUUCUCAGAACGAAAAGGAGAAAUGAGUAAAUCCACUGUUUCUCCUGGAGAUUUCAUAAUUGAUGGAGCAAAUGGAAAGAAAGUAAGUGAAGAUACAGAAACCUUGAAAUGUAUUUGGAACAGCUUGGCCUGAGUGAUCUUUUCGGAGUACUCCACCCAAUGACCACAGAAUUCACGUUGUCUUUAAAGUUUAUGUGGAAUAGCCAUCAAAAUAGGAAGAUGGACCAUAAAAUAAAUUUUAAUAAAUUUUAAAGGAUUGAGAUAAUACAGGCCAUGUUCUCCGACCCUAACAGAGUUAAAUUAGAAACCAGUAACUGAAACUUGCAUGCAAACCCUCUAGAUACUUAGAAAUUCAAAGAAUACUGGGUACACCUAUGGGUCAAAAGAGAAAUCAGAAAAUAUUUUGAACUUAAGGAAAAUGAAAACAACAUUAACUUUUGUGAGACAGUGCUAAGCAACAGUUAGAGCAAUCAGUUUUAAAAGCUUGUAUGAGAAAAUAAAAAGAUCUGCCAUCAGUGACUGAACCUCCACUUUUAACAAAGAAGAGGAAGUUAGUGGAAAAGACUUGGUACCAAGAAUAGAGAAACAUUAAUAAAACCCAAAGCCCAUAUUUUGAGAAUGUGAGAAAAAAAAAAAAAUUAACACUGCUAGCUAACCUGAUAAUCAAGAAACACAGAGGAAAAAAAAAAAAAGAAGACACAAAUUGCCAGUAUCGAGAUAGGUCAUCACUGCAUAUCCUACAGAUAUUAAAGGGUUAUGAGAGAAUCUUAAAAUAACUUUAUGUCAGGAAAUUCACCGAAACUAACAAUAGAAGAAAUAGAAAAUCUAAAAUACUUUCACUUUAUAUAUAUAUAAAUGAGUAAUAAAAGUUAGAUGAGAAAGAUAGACAAGAAAUAUCAAAACGGUAAAUUUAAACUUAACCAGAAUGGGUAAUUAUAUUAAAUGUAAAGUUUUCUAUGGAAUUAAAAACAAAGAUUAUAUAUAUGUAUUUUAUAUAUAUAUAUAUGUAUUAAAAAUAUGUAUAUAAUUGAAUUCGUAAUUAAA